ACCUCGCCCUAAUCCAUGUCUUUUCUCCCCCGCAGCUUUGGGAAGCGUUCGGGAGGCGGGGGCAGGCGGACCAACGAGUGCCUCAUCCUCGAGCCCUCCGAGAUGCUUGUGAUCGACUACCCCGAUGUUCAGCUGAUGCGUCCCGGCCAGCGCGCGUCCUGCAACACAAUGAACCUGGAGAAGCUCAUGGCCCUGGAACAAGACGAGAUCACCAUCCGGCCAGGCGGGCGUGGGGCUCCUCCGCCGCCGCCUGGCCACCACCACCAGUACGAGAAUGACCACGCCCACCACCCCCACCACGCCCACCCCGACGCCUACCUCCCCGACCUCGUGGGAAGCGCCAUUCUUCGCGGCGCUCGAAGUCGGGGCAGCGUGGGGUCAUCCGUGCGCGAUGGCUCAGACACCUCCAGCGCCUACUCGGGUUCGGAUACGAUGUGCCACUCCCUGCAGUCCUCCCUGGAGCCCGAUGACGUGGAUCUGUCGGGUCUCACCGAGAGCGCCGUGGACUCCGACGAAGAGGACCUGGCGGAGAGCAUCGAGAGCCUGGCGGUUCGUGACGCGGUCCGGGAGUGCCUCGAGAAGGACCCCAGCGAGCGCUCCGAGGACGAUAUCAAGGUUCUUCUGGAGUUCACACAGCGCCUCCGAGCCUUCUCCAACAUGACUCUGGCCGUGAGGAAAGCCAUGUGCCAGGCAAUGGUGUUUGCCGUGGUGGAGGAGGCGGGCACGGUGCUCAUGAACCACGGCGAGGAGCUGGACUCCUGGAGCGUCAUCAUCAACGGCCAUGUGGAGGUGACCAAGCCUGACGGCCUGAUCCAGGAGCUGCACCUCGGAGACAGCUUCGGCAUCGCGCCCACCAUGGAAAAGCUGUACCACCAGGGGGUUAUGCGCUCCAAAGUGGAUGAUUGCCAGUUUGUGUGCAUCCGCCAGAAGGAUUACUACAGCAUCCUCCACCAGUCCGAGGAGAACAUCCGACGUCAUGAGGAGAAUGGCAUGUUGGUGCUGGUGACGGAACAGAGGCCCAUCGAUGCCGGGAACAGGAAGGGCAACAUUGUCAUCAAGGGCACAGCGGACAAACUGAUGCAGCAGCUGGUGGAGGUGGAGAACAACGUGGAUCCGACCUUCGUGGAGGACUUCCUGCUCACUCACCGAACUUUCAUCGAGUCUCCCCUCAACGUGGCCAACAAGCUUCUGGAGUGGUUUGAGGACCCCUCCCUGCGUGACCGGGUGACGAGGGUCGUUCUGCUGUGGGUGAACAACCACUUCACUGACUUUGAGAUGGACCCGCAAAUGAUGAACUUUCUGGAGCAGUUUGAGGAGGGUCUGGAGAGGGAGCGAAUGGCCGGUCAGUUGCGCCUCCUGGACUUCGCCUGUGCCACCAAGGCCCGAGCCAGGACGGUCACCCUCACCAGACCAUCCAGGGACGAGAUCCUCCACUUCUCCAUUCUGGGAGGACACGAAAGAGGAUUUGGGAUUUUCAUUUCCAAGGUGGAGAAGGGCAGCAAGGCGGAGGACGUGGGGCUGAAGCGCGGCGACCAGAUCCUGGAGGUCAACGGGCAGAGCUUCGACCGCAUGAACCACGCCAAGGCCCUGGAGAUCCUGCGCCAGACCUGUCACCUCUCCAUCACCGUCAAGAGCAAUCUAUUAGCCUUCAAGGAAAUGCUCAUGACUCCUGAAAACUCCCCGCGGCCUCGGUCCAGGAAACCAUCGGAUGUUCACGGCCUCAACGACCCCAACAACCAUCUCAACCUCAACUCCAACUUCGCUUCCUUGAGCAUCUCCGGCGAGCCCAACCACCAAUCACCCAAAGACAAGGGCAAGGCGGCCAACAACAAGGGCUCGUCCGUCACCACAAAGGCCAACAAGAUCAGGAAGAAGGUCUUGGAAUCCCUGAUGCAGAAGAACAGUGCCCAGGACUCCUUGGCCAACAGUGACGACAGCGUGUCCUCUCACUCAAGCCUGAGUGGCGGUCUCUACCAGAGCCACAGCAACCCUGACCUCAGCACCACCGGGGCGUCGGAGGACAUUAGGACAGAGUUCCCCGAGCACGUCUUGAAGGUGUACCGGGCGACAGAUCAGGCCACCAGGUUCCUCCCGGUGCACAAGGAGACAACUGCCCGAGAGGUGGUGAUGUUGUCGCUUCAAAUCUUCAACAUCAGCGACCCGACCGGCUCCUCCAACUAUGCCCUGUACGAGGUCUCGGUGACGGAGGAAGGAAUCACGAAGACGAAGCGCUUGCCGGAUUCCUUACAGAAUUUGGCCGAGAGAAUAGCACUGAACAGCAGAUACUACUUGAGGAACAUCACCAUGUCCCAGACCUCCAUCCCUGACGACAUCGUGAGUGAGUUGGUGCGAGAGUCCACAGUCUGCUUCCUGCAACUCAACUCGGUGGACCUGGCCAUCCAGCUCACUCUCGAGGACUACACAAUCUUCCGCCAGAUUGAGCUCACGGAGUACAUAGAUGACCUGUUCAACCUCAAGUCCAAUUAUGGAACUCCGGCACUCUCCAGUUUCUCAAAGCUUGUAAAUCGAGAAAUGUUCUGGGUGGUUACCGAGGUCUGCUCAGAACACAAUCUAGUCAAGAGAUCGAAGAUUAUCAAGCAGUUCAUCAAGGUUGCAAGGCAAUGUAAGGAAUGCAAAAACUUCAACUCCAUGUUCGCCAUCCUGUCCGGCCUGGGUCAUGGCUCGGUGGGGCGGCUGAGACAGACGUGGGACCGCCUGCCUUCUAAGUACCAGCGGAUGUACACGGAGAUGCAGGAGCUGAUGGACCCCUCAAGGAACAUGAGCAAAUACAGAAAUCUUGUUCAGAAUGAAAAUAUCCAGUCCCCAAUUAUUCCCUUCUACCCGGUGGUCAACAAGGACCUGACCUUCACCCACGAGGGGAACGAUGACAAGGUUGAAGGGCUCAUCAACUUCGAGAAACUCAGGACAAUUUCACGAUUGAUCCGAGACCUCCACAACAUGUGCUCCGCGCCAUAUGACCUGUUCAACAUCCAGGACCCCGGGGGGCAGCCGCCAAGCUCGGCCCUCAUCACCCUCAACCAGAUGGCCGCCGCCGGUGGGCACCAGAUUGCCACGGUCAAGAGGCGCAAGAAGUCAACAGCCGCCCCUGACAAGAAGAAGAUGUAUGAGGAGGCCCAGAUGGUGCGCCGCGUCAAGGCUUACCUCGCCAAGCUCAAGGACAACAUCAUCCUGGACGAGGAGAAGCUGCGGGUGAUGUCCUACGAGUGUGAGGGGGGCUCGGAGGGACACAAGCUUGGGGGGACAGUCAGUGCAAACAAUAACAAUAAUAACAACAAUAACAACAAUAACAACCACCACGGAGGGUCUAACAGUGCCCCGCCCACCAACCCGCCCCCUCGGAGGCGCCCCCACUCGCCCACCCCCUCCACCACCUCCUCGACAUCCUCCACCUCACAGACGUCCGACGGGAAGAAGCAGACGGCAAAAUUUGGAGCCACGUCCCCCCAGUCCAUUAGCAAGAUGAAGGCCCUGGCUGAGCCCAAGACGAAACCACACCACGGCCCACGCUCCACCUCCACCCACCACUCUCUCUCCCCCUCCCCUUCCCCCGGCCCGCCUCGCAGGGGCUCCACCUCCACCACUAAUUCCCGCUCGUCCCAUGAGCGUUCCCAUUCCGACACCCAUGCAGUUCCUGUGGAUCUUAGUGCAGAGUCAUCCUCUGUCACCUCCCUUUCCAAACUCCAUAAAUCCCACACUUCAGGUUCCGUGGCAUCGACAGAUUGCCAAGUAGUGCCUGGUGGAUCUGACUCCGGCAUCUCGGCCCAUUUUGAUGGACACUCCUCCUCGUCACUGGAAGUCGAAGGGGGAGGUCCUAACUACGACUGUUACCACCACUCCUCCCCGCCCGCCCACCACCGCCGCUACUCCCACCAGCCAGAGUCACGGGCGCGGCCACCCUUCCCGCAUGCAGUCGCCGUGUUGCCCCCUGUCCCGGCAGCAGGCAUGGGCAGUGCUCGCCUCCGCCGUGGGGGUCCGGGCGCCCCCCCAGACUACAUCGCCACUCAGCUCAGAAUGAAGCAGAUGGGACGAGCUCUGUCUCACGAUGGUGUUCAGUAUUACCACCCGACGCACCACGAUGGUAAGUCCCACAACGCAGGCUAUUACCACCCCUACCAGUGAGCCGGGGAGAACCACUGCAGCUGCCACCACCACUACUACUACUACUACUACUACUACUACUACUACUACAACUAUGAUUAUUACUACCUUACUAUUCUCAUCACUACUGCUACUACUACUACUACUACUACUGCUAUUACUACUACCACCCCUACUACUUCAACUUCUACUUCUACUACUUCUACUGCUCCGACUGCUGCUACACCCCACAGGAGCUGCCUUUGUGCCUCACUCCCGUAGCUUGCCGUCAAUGAAUGAGGAAAAAUGAAUCGUAGUUUUUGCCAGAACUCUAAGAAAGAAGGAGAUUAACGUUGCUAGUAGUUUUUCCUUUACAAAUCAGUGAGAGAAAAAAAGCUGGACAGAAAAAUGGACCCAGAAAAUUUGAAAUAUUCGCUCGUUGUUGUUCCUCAAAGUUUGGCCGAGCGCUUAGUCCUGUUUAGUAUUUUAUGUUUGUUUGUUUUUUGUACUUUUGCAACGGGAGAAUAAUUUGUUUGCUUGUUUUUUUUAUAUGAAUUGAAUCUUUUACUGUGUCUUGAGUUGAGUUGAAUCCUUCCCACCCCAGCCAGCGAGGCCCCAGCUUGGUGUUCAGUGUUGGCCCAGAAUACUUCCAUGUCUUUAUCUUAGUGUGUAUGUGUACCUUCAAAAGUGUGUCUCGUGGCAGCGGCAGUGCUUCUGUGUGUGUGUGUGAGUGUGUGUGUGUGUGUGUCAACCCUCGACUGACACCCAGCACCCGUUCACUGCUGGGUGGACAGGGGACACGAAUUAGAGGAGACUGCCCAUCUGUCUCCACUGCACCCGGGAAUCGAACUUGGGACCUCUUGGUUGUGAGGCAAGAGUGCUAACCAUUAUAGUACAGCGCUCUGCAUGUGUGUGUGUGUGUGUGUGUGUGUGUGUGUGUGUGUGUGUGUGUGUCUCCUAUCUUCCACAUGUCUGUCUGUGUGUGCGUCAAGGCUGGCCCUCCUGGUUGUGUUGUGGCAAGUGUUGGCUUCAUAGUCCUGUCUAGUUUUGUUUACUGCUGAGCAUCAUUCACUUCCUCACCUGACGCCACUCUUUUCUCAUGACGGAAACUCAGAAGAAAUUGAAGUGCUGUGUGUUUUCUGUACCCCCUCCCCCCCUCCCCCUCCCUGAACCCUUUUGGUGUCUGAGUCUACUUUGUUCAGCUAGACUUUUAAUUGUUUGUAAGUUAAUGUCAUGGCAAUAACUGCAUCCGAUCCCUUGUCUUCACUUUUGCAGAUGAAGAAGAAGAUGCUCAGGUCUCUGCUGUGUAAGCUGCCUGCCAGGCACUGGGAGGCUGGCCUAGUCCCAUGUACAUUUAACCCUUCAAAUUAAAAUUAGGUUUUUCCAUUAGCUUUUACAAGAGUAGCCUCUCAGAGUUUAUUGCAUAUCAUUUACUUUGUUUGAAAGUUCAUUUAAUCAGUAACUUGUAGAUGUCAACCAAAAGAUGUAAAACUCUGGUUUGCUUAUCUUGUGGGAAUGAAAGUUCAGAAGCCAAAGAUAACGGUCUCCUAUGGCUCAGAGAGAGGGUGUGGACCCGACCAAGAGGAACGUCCUGGUGAGAGACUUCAUAUUUUAUUACAUUCACUAAGGGUACCACAUUUAUCUGUGACUAUUUAUGAGAGACAGUUAGCAGUAAGCCAUGUAAAGAUAGCCUAACCAGUAGUGUGUCCAUAACCCGACCCGCGGUCCACCACUAAACUCUCUGGCUGUAAGAUACUUUGGGGCACAGCUUCAGUAAGAUUUUUAUGAAUUCAACACAUUAUAAAUACAUGUAACUCAUUACUAUAUGUGGAUGUUCUGUAUAUAUAUAUAUAUAUAUAUAUACAUAUAUAUAUAGAAGAGAGAAAUAGCUUUAUUCAUGUCCAUAUGAUUAGUUGGUAAGUACUAUGUGUAAGUACUGAGGUCACCAGUUUUGCAACUUUCAUUUCCUCUAUAUGUUACAUUUUUAAUGCUGUAUAUACAAAGCCACACUAUAUGGAAGAUGAAUGUGACUCUUGUUGGUGACUCCUGAAUGACCGCUGUCUGUCCCUCUCCAAGCCAGCGCCACCACUCCGGCCCUCGCCCCGCCGCCCCGGGUCCGCCGAGGGGGCCGGCAGCCGCGAGGAGGAGCAUUCCUAACAGUGCUCAACGCGCACUUUGUAAAAUUUCCAACAUAUUAAUAGCUAAAGAAUUACAGUAACAAUACACAAGAAGAUUUUGAUUUGUUCCAAUUGGCAGGAAUUAGUUUCCCAGAGUUCUGUUCCUCCUGUCCCUGAACACGACCACCACUGUUUUCUGUCUUGCCCGGCCCUGCAAUGUUUACUCCUGGGUAGUAGUUUUGCUUGUUUGUCAGGCAGAUCUUUUGUGGACUUAUUAUUACACAUUAACUUCUUUUUUGCAUUUCAUCAGUGUUGACUGUAAUAUUAAUCCAACUGUUCCAGUUAUGUAACUUUGAUGUCAUUGAAAAUCAACAGAACAUUCAAUGUAUCUUGUAACUUUAUUGUGUUUUUUUCUAACUGAUUGGGAGGCGUCUCGUGCUGUCUGUGAGAACAAGCCUGGAGCCAGUGAGCCCAGGGCAGGACACUAGAUGCCUGACAAGGUGGUGAGAAGAUGGUCUUGGUAUUACUUCCAAACCUGCGGCCCUUUCUGGAGGCCUGGAUAAGAAUGUACAAAUAAAUACACUUCACUUUGU